AUAUACAAUGUGGUUAUUAUAUUAUCAAGAUUCAUGAUAACAAAGUUUCCGAAGUAACACGAAAUUUAAAAUUCGACGUUAUGAUUUACUAUUUUACAUAUAUUUUUGAAUUAAAAAUGUCUAAUGCAAUUUAACAAAUUAGUUGUAUAAAAUCAAUAUGGAAGAACCCUGCUCAAAGGCUGCUACAAUUAAUCCUGGUAAUUAUUUGAUCAUCAACAAAAACGAUACUUAUUUAAUUCAUCAAAUAUCAAACAAAGCGAUAUUAAAAUUGAACCGUGACGUUAUUGAUCUUAAAGUAGCUAUUGGUCAACCUUACUCGACCACUUAUAAAUUAGAACCUGUUUCUGAGAAGAAACGUCAUUACACAUUGGUUAUUUGUAAUGAUGGCCUCAAGCGCAAUCAGUGGCUAACAAAUGGCUGUGGCACCAACAACAAACUAAUAACUGAUGAUAGCACUUCUCAAUUAUUAAGUACAGACGAUAUAAUAGCAUUGAAAGAUAGUGGUGAAACUGGCCAAAAUAUUGUUGAGCGGCUUUUGGAAAACAGCAAAACAUUUCAAUUGAAAACAGAAUAUGCCCAAGAAAAAUAUCUGAAGAAGAAAGCGAAAAAGUAUUCUGAUUAUUUAACUAUAUUAAAACCUACUUUGAGACUUAUUACCGAUAUAUUGUACAAACAAGUUAUCCCUAAAACUAUACCUAUACGGUUUGAUACAUUAGCUCAAAUAUUAUGUCGUGUUAAUUUGGAUCCAAGCGGUAAAUAUUUGUUGUACGAGAACGGAAGCCAAGGUUUGUUACAAGCUGCAUUUUUAAAUCAACUUGACGAUAAUGGUCGCUUGGUACAUAUAUUUUCUUCUACUACUGAACAAAACGCGUCAAGAGCAGUUAAAUCAAUGAAUUUCUCAGAGAUAAAGCUAAAACAAAUGACAACAGUUCAUAUUGAUGAACUUCUAGGCACGAGAGUUGCAGAAGAUGUUGUCGUAGAAGAAGAAGACAUUUCUAAUUGCAUAGAAAAAAAAAGGAAAAGUGAUGAAGCUUAUACGCAAGUUAAAAAAAAACAUCGACCUGUCACAAGUACAGACGGUGUAGAUUUCAUAAAAUCUAACAAAUUUGAUGGAUUAGUGGUGGUAUGUAGAGAAGAACCAACAGAACUGAUCAAAGUUCUUUUGCCUUAUUUAUCAUUAUCUAGGCCAUUUGUGGUAUAUUCAGUUUAUCGAGAGAUUUUGGUAACAUUAUAUGCUGAAUUUAAGAUGAGGAAAGAUAUUGUAUUUCUACGAUUAACAGAUAAUUUCUUAAGAUGCUAUCAAGUGUUACCCAAUAGAACACAUCCAGAUGUUACUAUGGACGACGGAGGAGGUUGCUUAUUUUCUGGAUUGUUUGUAGAAGGAGGAAAAUAAUAACUAAAAAUAGUUUUGUUCUGUAAUGAACUGUAUUGUAAGAUUAAAUGUUAUUUUUCUGGCAAUAUAUAGUUUUUGAUUUAUAA